CCAGGGUAUAAACCAAAUAAUCCACUACUUAUUAUAUUUGCUAUGUAUAUGCAUAGUUACAAAUCAAUGUUCUUUUUUAAGUGUAUAGUAACAAUUUCUGGCCGGCACUCCUUAACAUUUAACAAAAUAUUUUCUUUGUAUGUUAAAAAUUAAACAGUGUCAACUUUUUAUAUUGUAUAUGUUUGAUACGAGUAUGUGAAAUAUGACAAUUUAAAAAUAAUAAUAAAAAAAAAAAACGUAUAAACACAGAUAAUCUUCUUUUAUUCAAAUUCAAGAUGUAUUAUUAAGAUUCAAAAGAUAAAAUAAGUAUGUAUUUAAUUUUUAGUAUUAUAAAUACUUUAUUUAAUAAUAAUAUUAAGAAAAAGGUAAUUACCUUUUUUAAAAGGAAUAUUAUUUUGAUAAAUGUCCCGGUCAGUAGGUAUAUUAUUUGUAUGGUAACAUUAAAAUGAACAGCAUAAAAUAAAUUCUACUGAACGAUAAGUUAACAAUAUCCAAUUUUUAACAUAAGCCUUAACAUACAAAAUACAUUUAAAAUAAUAAAUACUAAUAUAAAUAUCUAUAAUAAAAUAUUCAAUAGUAAGUUGAAUCAAUGAUAUUUGAUUUUAAUUAAAUUAGUGAUUUGCAAAAAAAACGUAAAUGUAAAUGUAAAUAAUUUAUUGAUUAUUUAUUGUCACUUAAUAAUAAAAAAUGAAAUUUCAUAGUUCAAAAAGAUCGGUUUUGAAUGAAAAAUUCAUCAUCAGGUAUAUCACAGUCAAAAUGUAAAAUGUGACUGAAUAUAAAAAAUUAAAUGAAGGAAUACAUAGAAAAAAAAAUUUUAUACAAAUUGGUCGUUUUACAUAGAAAAAAAAAAAUUAUACAAAUUGGUCGUUUUACAUAGAAUUUAGAAAUAAUUUAUUUUAAUAGGAGAGAUUAUUUAAAAUUAGUUAUUAUUAGACAUAGAUAUGUUAAGAAAUGUUAAUUAUUUGAUUAUUUAUUAUCUAGAAUGUAUUGAUACGAGUUAUUAUUUUUAAAAUCAGUUUGAACAUUUAAAAUAUUAUUAAAAUUAAUAAAUAAACAAUAAAAUUAUUGUUAGGUUUAAUAUUACGGAAAUAAAUAUUCACCCUAUUGGAUAACGAAAAAUUAAUAAAACUAACAAGAUUUUUAGGUGUAAUAUAUAAGGAUUAUUAGAAAGUAUUCAUUAACCAGUUAUCAGAGAUUCUCAUUUUUCCUAAAUACUUAAUAGCAUUUAGAGAAUCUACCUAUUUAACUUAAGGUAAGUAGGGACAUUUAAAAAUAGCAUAAUUAAACAAUUGAUUCUAAUAGUAUAUAUUAUAUAUUUAUAAUAUUACAACAUUAGGAGUUAUUAUAAUUGUUUUAUUUUAAUUAGGUGCAUAUCAUUAUUUUAAUUGAAUGGAUUAAAAAUAUAAUCAAUGCUAAUUAUAUUUAUACUUUGGUGUGAAGUUAAAAAUUCAAAAUCAUUAAUAAGAUACCUAUACUAUAUAAUAAAAUUAGAAAACUAUGAUAAUAUAAUAAAUGAUAAUUACAGGAAAAACUUAAUACAUAAGUUAUAAAAAAAAAAGUCAAAUGGAGGAAAUAACACAAUCAACCCUCCGUGAGUAUGCUCCCGAAAUAAUUAAAUAUCACAAAUAAGUGAUGUAAUCAAUGAUUAGAUAUGUAUUUCAUGGACUGUGAUAAACAGGUACCUAGGUGAAUCAUGGUUAUGUAAACAAACAAAAAAAAAAAUUAAUAAAUUAUGUUUUUUAGAAUUAUUCCUUUAUCUAAGAAUAAUUAAAGAAAUUAACUACAAAAUCAUUUAAACAUGAAUAUUAAACUUAGGAAUUAACAAAAAGUUACUGACAAGCAUUAUUAGUGUACUUAGUUAUUUUCAGAUCAUUUUUUAUGGCUACAUAAAUAUAGGUAAUUAUUUUUUGUCAUUUAAAAGAAUAUCUAUUUCGUCUGAAUUUUAAACAAUAUACAUUUUUUCAUGGCUAUAAUUUAUAAUAAAUUCCAAAUGAGUAGGUACUGUUUAUCUUAGUUUUGUUGCAUAGAUAUAUUAAUUAAAAUGAUAAUACACUUUUAAUAACUAUUGAUAAGCUAUACUCAUAUAAUAUAUUAUAUACAUAUAAAUAUAUAUAUAUAUAUAUAUAUAUAUAUAUAUAUACACAUAUAUAUGUAAUUAUAAUAGGCAUUAUUACACAAAAUUAUUGGUAUAGUUUAAUGGUACCACGGACAGUGAAUAUCACAAAUAAAUUGUAUUAAAAACCUUAGUCAUUAUACGCCUGCAUAUUGGGCACUCCUUUUGAUCACAGAGCACUCGCAUAGUGGUAGAACAUUCGUAACACACAGGGUGAUCGCAUGGUCCGAUUGAAAAAAUUGUUUGUGUCUUAAAACAUAUCACGCAAUUGAGCCCUGGAGUUUUGGACGACGGAGUACGUGACUUGUUUGAUGAUAUUUUUCGGUCCAUUUCUUAACAAAUCGAAAAUGAUGGUAAACGACCUUAUCAAUGUUAAAUUUGUUACUAGGACUCUAACACCGUCAUCGACUUACUAGUUAAUAGUUAUACUUGGCACUAAUCACAGGAAGAAAAACUUUUGUACACCAACGAAAUGAACGUUAUGCGGGCGGCAUAUAUUGUUUGUAAGAAAACGUGUAUACAUGUAUGUAUUACGUAUAUGGUAUAUAAUAAAAUAUUAUGUACACGGUGAAAGUAAAUGCGAUUGGCAAAUAAAAAGGUAGCGCGUUAAAAGAAGUGUAGUCAAGUCGUUUUUAAAUAAGAAAUAUAAACUGAAUAAAAUAAUACAAAAUAGUAGUAUCACAUGUGCAGGUCUUGCGGCAAAAAAAAAAUCGAAACAUUUUUACCACGAAAACCGAAAUUGGUAACAUAAAAAAAAAAAAAAAAAAUACAAAAAAAACCAAAACACCAUUAUCACGAGGUUAUCAGACAUUUUAUCGACAUACAGAUAAUAUACCGGAUAAGACAAUCUGAUAACAAACACGAGGUCGGGCGUUGUUGUUGGGUUCUUGUUUCAAUUCAAAUUUUCCCGUCCUCUAAAAUAUUUUAUUUCAUUUCUUGUUUAAACAACAAUAUUGGCAUUCUCGUCCCUGUUCUCGUAUCGCCGACUUCGAAUGUUAAUAAUUGUCGUCUGCAUGAAUGGAAGAUACGCUAACCAGAUCGUCCGGCAGCGCGGACAGCUUAGAACCGUCCGAUUGGCAUUUACCGAUAUGUUUUACCCAAAAAAGGCACUGCGAAGAGAUCAAGUGCAUCAAUACCACCGUCAACACUUGGAGGCUCAAAGAACGAGUGAGUAUUCUGGGUUUCUGCCAACUAUUUUGUUAUUCAAUAUCUCACGAUCGAUCAAGCUAUGAGCCUUGGCGUUUCAUACACCCCUUCUCAAUUUUUUGCUAUAAUAGUUAAAUAUUCCUUUUUUAUAUUUUUAUUCCUCAGAUGAAGACCGUGAGUGUCGCUCUCGUUUUGUGCCUCAAUGUAGGUGUAGAUCCCCCGGACACUAUCAAGAUACAGCCGUGUGCUCGUCAAGAGUGUUGGAUAGGUUAGCAUAUUAUUCAACAAAACAAUAAUAAUAGAACCUCAUAUAUUCGUAUUUUGUCUAUCAUAAUCAUAUAUACACAUUAUAAUAUUUUUAAGAUCCAUUGAUGAUGGUUCCUCAAAAAGCAUUGGAAAUGAUAGGAAGCAGUUUACAAAAGCAGUACGAACGGUGGCAGCCAAGAGCACGUUACAAACAAACUUUAGACCCUACUCUAGACGAUGUAAAAAAAUUAUGCAAUUCCUUGAGACGAAAUGCGAAAGAAGAAAGAGUACUGUUUCACUACAAUGGACACGGUGUACCAAAACCUACAGCAAAUGGGGAAAUUUGGGUGUUUAAUAAGGUUGGUCAAUUCCCUUAAUUAUUGUUACCAUUUAUUUAGUUUUUUAUAUAAAAUAUUACAUAACUAUUCUUAGCAAUAUACUCAAUACAUUCCAUUGUCCAUAUAUGAAUUACAAACUUGGAUGGGAUCGCCAUCAAUUUUUGUCUAUGAUUGUUCAAAUGCAGGAAUGAUUGUAAAAUUGUUCAACCAAUUUGCAGAACAACAUGAGAAUGAAGUUUUGGUAAAUAUUAUUAACACGUAAUCAAUUUUCUUCUUCUCAAAUAAACAAAGUUAUCAUUAUUUUGUUAUUAAACUUUGAAAUUGAGAUAUGGUAAUUGCUUAGGUAUUUAACUGUUGUGUUGAAAACAAUUAAAUUGCCAAUUAAAUAUGUAUGUAUUGAAUAAUUGAUAACAAGACUAAAAAACAUUAUUGAGUAGAUAUUACACUAAACUAAUGUAUUUCCUUUUUUAAUUAGGUACUAUAAUAAGUUAUUAGAAUUGCAAUUAAUACAAAAUUACAUAUGUACUACAUGAACCUACUUAAAAUUAAAUCAAAAUGUUUGAGUUACUUAUUAUCUAUAUUAUUAUUUAUAAUAUAUUAUAGAUCUAUAAUAGAUUAUUUAGUAUAUAGUUUUUUUUUUAAAUAUUCAUAGUUACAUACCUAUAGGUUUAUUUUAAUUUAACAUGUGUUAUAUGUGCAAACACAUGUUUAAUUCAUUUCACGAAUACCUAGUAUUUCUUUGAAAAUAUUAUUUUAAAAUUGUUUAUGUUUUGUUAAAAAAUUACAAUACAAACCUAGGACUGAUGGUUCUUUAUUCUUAUUUAUGAUAAAAAUAAUAUUUUUUCUAUGUUAAAUACAUAUUUGGUGGGUGUAGUGGGUGAUGUUCUAUCUUAGACAUUUUUUUUCUAUUCUCAUAAUACAGGUUUUUGGUUAAAUGAGGAGAAAUGUAAAAAUGUUGAUGUUUUAAAUAGUUGAAAUAUAAUUUAUAAUGGACAUUACUGUACUAUGGAGAAAUAAAUAUUGAAUUAUUAACUUUUUUUUUUUAAUACAUUUUUAUAUAAUGUACCAUGUUGUUGAUCAUUGUGUAAUCACAUCACAGUUUUUUAAUCUCAUAAAAACAUUAUUUUGUAUACUAAAAUAUAUUUUACAUAAAUGUGUAUAUAAAUUUAAUUAGUUAAACAGCCAUAUAAUAUCUUAAUUUAUUAUUUCAUAUUUCAAAAAUAAUAUUUUAUUUGGAAAAAGUUAUAUAAAACAAUAUCACAUACACAUUUCUUCUUCUUCUUCUUCUGGCCUUAUCUACUCUACAAGAGUUUUUGCCGUCAUCACAACUCCACGCCACUUCUCUCGAUCAUGGAUUAUGUUUCUCCAAUUAUCUAUUCCUGUCCUUUUUAGAUCUUCCUUGACCACAUCCAUCCAUCUUUUCCUCUGGCGUCCUCGUGGUCUCUUACCCGUUGGUUUCCAAGACAUUACUGUUUUUAUUAUCUUAUCACUUCCACGCACAAUGUGCCCAAACCACUGGAUUCUCUGGCCUCUUAUGUAAUACUUAAUUGAAAUCAUUCCUGUUUCUUCAAUCAGUUCCUUGUUAAACUUUCUCCUCCAUAUACCAGUGUUCGUACAUACCAGGGUCCACAUAUCGCAUGCCAUAUCUUGUUUUCCAAGGUAGUAAGUUUUCGUUCUGUUACGUUUGUAGUCGUCCAUGCUUCGCAUCCAUAUGUUAGUAUAGCUCUCACUAUCACUGUGUAGAGUCUAACUUUUGUUUUCUUUGACAGCAUUUUAGAUUUGAAAAAUUUGGAUAAUGCAAAGGAUGCCUUCCCUGCUUUUAUUAUCCUUAACCCAAUCUCCUGUGACCAGUCAUUCUUUGUAUUUAUACCUACGCCAAGGUAUUUAAACUCGUUAACUUUUUCAUAUAUCCAGUCAUCCGGGUCAGGGUUCGUUACAUCUGCAUCCGUGUCUAAAAGCUCCAUGAUCUUCGUCUUUUCAAUGUUUAUUUUAAGUCUUAUUUUAUCUGCUGAUUUUUCUAAAACUUUCGUUGCUUUUUCUAUGUCAUCUCUGGUAUUGCCUAUGAUGUUAAGAUCAUCAGCAAAACCUAGAACUUGAAUUUUUUGCUGGUUUAUUUCUACACCCGUUUUCUCUAGAGCUAGAUUAAACAAUAGUGGGGAUAACACAUCCCCUUGUUUUAGCCCUGUUUCCACUGUAAAUGUUUUGGAGAAUGUCUGGCCUACCCUGAUUUGAUAUUGUGUUCUUUCCAUACACAUCCUGACUAAGUUCCUUAGCUUCUUCGGCAUUCCAAAUUCAGUCAUUACGUUGUAUACGCUCUCUUGAUAAACGCUAUCAUAGGCUUUUUUAAAGUCUAUAAAUAUCUGCCUGAGGUUUUGCCGAAAUUCAUAUUUUUUUUUCUAUGAUCUGACCAAUAAUUGCAAUUUGUUCAAUAGUGGACCUGCCCUUCCUAAAACCAUAUUGAUAUUCACCUAGAUUUUCUUCUAUAUAGGGACUUAUACGGUUCAGUAGCACUUUGGAGAAUACUUUAUAUGCUGAGUUUAGGAGUGAUAUUCCUCUGUAAUUUCCACAUUCAGUUUUGCAUACACAUUUAAUAUGCACAAAUUUGUAGAUUAACUUAGUUUUUAUUGAGACAAGUAUAAAAUUGUAAAGUGUACAAACCAAUUUAUAUUUUUUAGAUUCUGAGUGGAGCGAAGAAGCUUAUGGUUUUAUAAAGAUAUUUUUAAUAUUUUUUUUAAUACCUUUUAUUUUUGAUAAAAUUGUUUAUUAUAUAUGUAAUUAUAAUAUUGUAUACUUAUUGGUUUCAUUUUAGAAUGAAUCUAUCAAAGAGCCAAUGUAUGUAUCUCCCCCUGAAGGGUCUAAUUUUAAAAAUUGCAUCCAAUUGGGUGCAUGUCAAAUAGAUCAAACAUUACCAAUGCAUCCAGAUUUACCUGCUGAUUUGUUUACUUCCUGUUUAACUACACCAAUUAAAAUGGCUGCUCGGUGGUAAGUUAUGAACUUAUGACUAAUCAACACUUCAUCUAUAAAUGUUUAAAUUUUCUAGUCUUUUACAAUAUAUCAUUGAUUACAAAUGAAUGUGUACAUACAAUUAAAAAAUUUAGUUGUGUAUUUUGUACUAUUUUAUAUUAAAUUAUAAAUUACAUAAAAAAUGUAAAGAAAAAAUUGUUUUUUCAAUACUGUGAUAGUAUAAGAGCUUAAAAUUAUUACAUUAAUUCUUGGUAUUUGUUAUGAAAGUUAAACGUUAGUAUUCAAAAUUAUAAAAAAAAGCUUAUGCAUUAUUUUAGUUCAAAGUUCAGGAGGCCAGUUAAGAAUAUUAUCAGAUAAAGAACUCAUUUGAAAUUCAAUUUUAUUGCAAUAAAAUUAAUCAGUCAACUAAAUUUUACUUGUAGAACUGUUGUCAUUGUAAAUUUAUCUGAAUUAUGAUUGGUAAAUUAAUUUUACUAUAGUAUGCUACUAGUUAUUAUUUAUAAGUUAUAUUAAAGUAUUUUAUUUUCAUUAAAAAAAAAAGUUAUUAUUUUGAAAACAAAAAAUAAGUUAUUGCACAAAAAUAUGAUUCUUAGAAUUACAAUUGGACACUUGCUUGAAUUUCUUCUCACUAUUUUUUCAGUUUCUGAUGACCUUCGACGAACUGUGCAAUUUGAAAAAUCACUUCCCUUCACUUCAAAUGUCUUAAUACUGAGUAUUAGGACUGGAUAAUUUAUUGCCCAAAGAAAAAGAGCACGCAUUAUUGUAAAACUAAUCAAUAGUUCGUUGUGUUAUUUAAAUCUAAAAUAAUGUACAGAUAAAAAUUUAUUAAAAAAAAAAUAAUAAUUUGUAUGAACAAGAACCUAAGUAAAACAUAUAAUACACAGGUAUAUAAAUAUGUAUUCCAAAAGUUAAUAUAUAUGUAAUUUUUUAAAAUAAUAUUAAAAAUAAAAUAAGUUAUAAGAAAAAAACUUAACUUGGCUUGUAAAUAUAUGGUAAUUUAUUUUAUGUAUUCCUCCUAUUGUUUUUAUAUUUAUUUGUAUUUUAAUUUUUUUUUUAUAUACCACCUAUUGAUGAUUUUUUAAAUUAAAACCAUUUUUAAAUAAAAUAAAAUCAUUUAUUCUCUAGUUUUUUCUUAUUUACUUAUUUAUUUAAUAUUAUAUAUUAAUUUUUGAAAUAUUCAAAUAUUUAUAUAUGGACUUUUUUUAUUUUUGAGUAAUAACCACUAAAACAAUUUUGUUAUAAUUUUUUUUAUAGAAUCAAAUUGUUCUAUUUUGUACUUUAAAGAAUUGAAGAACGUCAAAUUCUAUUAUAGAUAGGGCAUAUGGAAUUUAUUUAAGUAGGUUAAUAUAAGCAUAAUUAUAAAUUAUAUAAAUGGAUAACAUCAACAUAAUAAUUCAUAAAUGAUUAUAUUUUGUUUAUCUAAGUUCAAUUAUUCAAGUAUUUGUAUUUCCGAUUUGAAUGCUACAUAAAUAAAUUUUACAUUUCUACUCUUCAAAUUUUAGAUAAUAAUUAGUAUAUUUUACAUUUUUGAGUUAUUUUUCUUGGUUUGUAAGAGAAUCAAGAAAAACGAUAACAUUUUACUAUAAAAGAAAUAAGAUUAAAUAAAAAUAAAUUUGUCAUUAUCAGGGUUUUUUGUUGCAUACGUUUUCUGUAAUUUUGAUCAAAAUCUUUUUAUUAAAUUUAGAUAGUGUCAUAAGAAGAGAUGUCCUCUAUUAUGUCCUCAAUCAUGUCAUCAUAUAUAAAUAAAAAAAAAAAAAAAAAAAAAAUGUUCUUGUAUAUUAUUCUGUAUAAAUAUUCCCUAGUGGGAAAAUUUUUAAAAAGAAAAAUAUGUUUCCCUGACUGGUAUUGUAGCCUCUAUUGUUUUUUUUUUUUAUGUAUAAUUAAAUAUUUUUCCAGGUUUGUAAUGCAAAAUAGUGCUAAAUAUUAUUCAAAAUUUUAUCUUGAUCUUGUAGACAAGUAAGUAUUUGUUAAACAUAUUUUGUUUUGUGUAUUCUUUAACCAUUAUCUGUUUUUAUUAGAAUCCCUGGUACAUUAAAUGAUCGACGAACAAUGUUAGGAGAAUUAAAUUGGGUGUUUACUGCUAUAACCGAUACAAUAGCUUGGAACAUAUUACCUAGAGGUAGGAUUAGAAAUAUGACUAUAAUAUUUAUGUAUAGAUUUCGAAAAAAUAAUUUUUUUUUUGUUGUUAGAUACUUUUCAAACAUUAUUUCGUCAAGAUUUACUAGUUGCGAGUCUACUGAGAAAUUAUUUGCUAGCAGACCGUAUUAUGAGAACGUAUGAUUGUGAACCAGUAUCAUCACCGACAUUGCCGCCAAUGCACAAUCACCCUAUGUGGAAGGUCAGAAAAAACUAGAAUAUUAAAUAAUUAAAUCAGUAAAAUAUUUUGUUGCACUGUGCGAAAGACAAUGUUUAAAUUAUUUACAAUAUUAUUCUUUGCUAUUACUCUUUUGAAGUUUUUGCUAUAAUUAUUACCAUAAUUAGAAAUAAUUAUUUUUCAGUUUCAGGCUCAAACUUCUCUAUCUUAAAGUUUGGGCUCUUAUACCUUAGGGCUCUUAUUGCUAUGUAGGACUUCUGCUCUUGUUUUUUUUAUUAUUUUGUGUACUAAUUAGUGUUAUAAAAUGCCCGGGAAUAUUCUAUAAGCAAUAAAAUUUAAAUUUUUUUUGUUGCUUAAUUCAUAUUUACAUUAAAAUAUAAUUGCAAUAUGUAAAAAUAUUUUAGCCGUAAUAUAAUUUGGAUUUAAAUAUACUAUGCAUAACUAUAACUUAUAAGUAUUAAUAAGAUACUAAUAGUUACUGUUAACUAAAUUAUUCCUAAUAUUGUAUAUUACUAUAUCUUAAAUUUUUUGUUUACUUUUGAGUAUGUCAUACUUGGAAAAUACUUGGGCCAUUAAUAGGUAUUUAAUAAUCAUAUUAAUAUAUAUAAAAACAUUUAGAAUCUGAAUGUACCGAGGAAUGGAAUGUAUUGGUUUUACUAUGAUUUGACUUUUUUGUCAGAGAUCUUUCUAAUUUUCCUCACAACUGGGAAAAACUAGAAAAUAUAAUUAAAAAUUCUUAAAAAUAAUCAGAUACAGUAAAAUUUCCAUAUAAUAGUCAGCAAAAGUAUUGGAAAUAAUGACCGUCUUUUAGAAGUUUCUUAUGACCGUUAUACAGAGGUUAACGGAAAUUUUAGUGAUCAGAAACUUUCAUUGAUUUUUAUUGCGCUAAAGUUGUUGCAGUCGUCAUGUAAAUGUGGUAAUUUGAACCGUGCUGCUGUUUUAUUCAUAAAUUAAUGUGUUUGGUAUAAUUUUUUUUUAAGAAUUUAUUAACCGAGUUCUGUUUCGAUUUAUUGUUGUGUACAGGCAUAAGUUAUGUAUAUAGUUAAUGUAUUCUAAUUUCUUAACAUUCCGCCUACAAUAGUGUCACACCACACUAAUCAACCCUUUUUCUUUUAGGCAUGGGAUCAUAUUUUAGAAUUGUGUUUGUAUCAGUUGCACCGUGUUCAAGAACAUGGUGAUGGUUUCUUUGUACGUACAACAUUUUUUGAAGAACAAUUGACAGCAUUUGAAGUCUGGCUUGAUCACACAAGUUGUUUGCCUACACAACAACGCAGUACACCGGAACAACUUCCAAUUGUACUCCAAGUAAUUAAAAAUUAAAUAAAUUAUAUUGUCUAAUUUAUUUAUUUAUUCAUGUUUUAUGAUUUACUAAAUAGGUUUUAUUAAGUCAAGCACACAGACUUCGGGCAUUAGACUUAUUAGGUAGAUUUUUAGAUUUAGGACCAUGGGCUGUAAAUUUGACCUUAUCUGUAGGAAUAUUUCCAUACAUAUUAAAAUUACUGCAGAGUUUUGCUGUUGAACUGCGGCCAAUGUUGGCUUUUAUUUGGGCCAAAAUAAUGGCUGUGGAUCACGUAAGAUUUUAAUUUUAAUAAUCAUAAAUACAACUAUGCAAAUUGUUUAAUCAAAUUUAUUUUUAGACUUGCCAAACUGAUAUUGUUAGGGAAAAUGGUUUCAAGUAUUUUUUUCAACUGGUUGAAGAUAUACACUUGCCUGUAAGUUUAAAACACUCCUAAAUUAAUAAUAUAUUUCUUCUAACUUUACUUACAUAACCUAUGAACAUUUUAUAAUGAGUGUAAUUUUGAUUACAGAUAUUUAUUUUAUCAAGGAAAUUGGCAAAAUAAAUAUGACAUUUUUUUUUGUUUUGUUGUAUAGUAAUUUCUUUAAAUACUUAAUAUUUAACAAUAUAUUAUAUUAUGUAGAAUAUUUAAAUUAGAUGUAGAAAUUUAAUAACUUUUUUUAUAAUGGUUUUUUUUUAAAAAAAAAAUCAAAAUUUAAAGUUAUAUAAACAUUUUUCAAAAAAGAAAAUAAUAGAAAAUAGUUGGUGUUUGUGAUCAAAUAGACUUGUUUUAUAAGAUUUUUUAAUUUUUAGGAAGAACAAAGGAUGUUAGGAACUGUAGUACUAUCACGUCUAAUGCAAAACUAUAGGAACGGCCAACAACUUGGGCUUAAGAACAAUUUAGUAUGCAUAUGUCUUGAACAAUUAGAUAAUGCCAGUGCUCCUUAUAAACAAUGGUUGACAUUAUGUCUUGCGCAGUUAUGGGCUGAUUAUGACAAAGCUCGUUGGGUGGGUGUACGGGAUACUGCUCAUGAAAAACUUUAUACAUUAUUGGAAGAUAAAAUUCCCGAAGUAAUUAACAAUUUAAAGAUUAGUUAGGGACAAUUUUCCUAUACUUAUAAUAAUUACCUAUACUUUUAGGUACGUGCAGCAGCAGUGUUUGCUCUUGGUACAUUUGUAAGCUGUGACAAGGAUCGCAGCAAUCACGCAUUAAGUGUUGAUCAAAAUAUCGCCAUAACUCUACUGAAUACUGCUGCCAAAGACAUGAGUCCUAUGGUCAGAGAGGUAAGUACAGUUUCUGAUUAUUCAGUACUUUAUUUUAUUGUGAAAUACAUAUCACAUAAUAAAAUACAUUUUAGGAAGUUGUAAUUGCUCUACAAUGGACUGUAAUUGCGUUUGAGAGAUAUUUUCUGGAAAUCGUGAUGCAGGAAAAUAAUGAAAAAUUAUCAUAUAAUUCUCUAUAUAAAAGUAUAUUAAAAGAAUAAAAAAUAAAUUUCUAACUUUUAAGGAAUUAUGAUAUAUUGUAAUUAUAAUUUUGAUUAUAGGUUCAAUUUCCACAACUUCUAGUUUAUCGAGAAUGGGUUCUAGAGAGAAGCUUCAACACUACACACCUAAUUUAAUUGUGACUGUAAUAUCACCUCAUAUGUCACCUGCCAAUUCAGAUGACCUUUCAGAAGAAACCAAGUCUGAAUAUUUAAGGCGAACAAAUUCAUCUUCAUCAUUAGCUACCUUAGGUAUGUGUGUCAUUAAAUUAUUAGAAUAUUAAUGCAAUAGGAAUUUAUUUUAUUUAGAUACUUACCAAACAACUACAGCUUUUAACAAUAUUCAUUCUAAGUUAUGGAAAGGUUUAACUACUUUGGAGCAUGAUAUAUGCCCAGACGUUUCAAUCAACGCAUAUAAAUUAACUAAUUAUAUUAGACAAAAAGUAAGUAAUGUCUGGUAACCAAUUAUAUUAUUGUAAUCAAUAUUUACUUAUAUUAAUUGUGUGAACUAGCUUAAAAAUAAGCCAGAUAAUCGUGCAACACAUUCUUUACCCGCAUCUCCGUCUGGAAGAACUUACUUAAUGUAAGUUAAUAAAUUAAUUAACACAUUUAAAAUAUUUUUAAUUGUUUAUUGUGUUAAUUAUAGACAGGACGAAUCCCCACCGCGAUCUGUACAUGAAAUGCCUUCUUCUCGGUCAAGAAUUCCCAUAACACCAAGGCCUAACUCUAACACGAGAAUUGUACCAAAUACUGUAUGUUUUUAUUUAAAAUCAUUUAAUUUUAGGAUAAUUAUAAAUUUCUUGUACAAUUAGAUUAUUGAAGAAGCUCUGUCUUCAUCAUCUUCGCCACCAAAUAUCGAAAUUGAUAAUGAAAAAAACAUAUUGAAUAAACCUAAAUGUUUAUUGAAAUCUCAAUUUUUUGAAUGGAUAUCAAAAAAUUUUGCUAAUCCAUUGAGUGGAAUGAAUGAAGUUAGCGAUUUUGAAAGCGCAUUACAUUCUGAACGCAUUUCAAGGUGACCAACAAUAUAGAAUAUUUACAAGAAAAUUAAAAUUACUAAACAGCUUAAAUUGAUUAAUUAAAAUAUAUUUGGAUAGGUACACUCGAAAUAUGGCAUUUCGCAAGGAUGCACAAGAAGAACAAAACAAAAUUAAUAGCGGAAAUUACAGAAUAGAAAAUCAUAUAUUUUCAUCGAAAUGUAAUCAAACUCCAAAUUCAUUAACUUUCCAUCCAUAUGACCCACAUGUUGUUGUGGGUAGUGAAAAUAGUCUAACGUCAGUAUUUUUUUUUUUUUUUAUCAAUAUUAUUUUAGCAUAAGAAUAUUAUUUUAUAAUGAACGAUUAUCAUUUAAAUUAUAGAAUAUGGGAUUACUACACUAGCUAUAAGUUACACCAAUGGACACCAGUUCAACGAAGCCAUAAAUUAGAUUUUUCAUACAGAUCAUAUCCCCAUGUGUCUGCUAUAGAACUAAUUAACAGUCAUGACAUUCCAUUAGUGUUGGUUGGGUUUAACGAUGGAAAUAUUCAGGUUUGGUCUAAGUGCUUUAAAGGUCAGCAUAAAUUGGUGUCUGGUUGGCAUGCAUUACCUAUUUGUAAGAGUCCUAGUUAUGAAAGUUCUUCGAGUAAGUACUAAAAACAUUAUACAAACCAAAAUAAUACAUAUAAAUUAUGGGGUAUUUCAUUUUCAGUGGCAUUACAUUGGGAUCAAAGGGCUUGUCAUUUAAUUUGUGCAGGUGAUUCGAGUGUUGUCAGAAUAUGGGAUAUUGAGACUGAAACUAAAUUGACUUCUAUAUCCACUGGGAUUAAUUCUUCAGUAACAUGUUUGUCCAUGCAGAUGAACGGUAAUCCAAUUACUACUUAUUAACAGAAUAUUAAUAAUUAUAAUUUCAAUGACAAAAUAGAUAAAUAUGAUCACAAUGUCACAGUUUGUUCAAUGUGCACUUCUACUCCAUACCUGACUUAUGUCAUAGUUAUUUGCUAUUUUUAGCAAUGCUCAUGUUAGUCAAUUAGCAGUGAAGAACUAUGAUAUUAAGUCAAGAAGUAUUUAAGGGUAGUUUUCAUAGCAAAAAUCUGUGAUCUUAUGUAUUUUUUUUUUGCCAUGUUACGUUGGGGUCAAAUAAUAAUAUACAUUUUUAAAAAUGUGUUAACUGUGAAUCGAUGGUAACAUUACAGUCGGUUUUACACUUGCACAUUCAUGCUGUGCAGUUUGAAGUUAAUAGAAUAAUGUUGGAUACAGUAACGUAUAAUAAGACAAAUAUGAUGAAUUACUACUAGUUUAUGAAUAAUACAAUUAUUUUAUAAGAAAAUAAUAAAUUGUUGUUUAUUUGUUAUAGAAAGUAAUAUAUUUGCUACUGGUUGUAAGGAUGGGUCAAUUAAAGUGUUUGAUAAAAGACUGUCACCGCAUGAUGCUAAAAUAGCUUCUUUUAUAGGAAAUCAUAGUAAAAUACUCAACCUGAGACUACAAAAUACUACUGUAAUAUCUGCUAGGUAAAUACUUAUAAACCUAACAUAAUGAUAGUAUUUUAGUAAAAAUAAACAAUUUAUUUCAAUAGUGCUUAUGGAGAUAUUAAAACUUUUGAAUUUGGUCAACAUGUAUCUCAACGAGAAUUUCAUAUAGAGAACCUCCACAAAAUAGACAUUCACCCUAUGUGCAAUAUAUUAGCAUGGUAAAUAAUAAUAUAUUGAUUGCAUUUUUUUUUUUUUUUGUCAAUAUUAGUUUUUAAUUUUUUUUAUAUUUAACAGUAAUGUGAAUCACAUGUUGACGUUCUACAACACAGAUGGUCAAUUGUUAAACUCAGUAAAGCUAUCUGAGUGGUUGAGCACACGUCAUUCUCCAUUAUCAACUAUAAAAUUUCAUCCUCAAAAAGCAAUAGUUUCUACUGGUGCUUUAGAUGGAACUAUAGCAUUAUAUUCAAUUGAUCCCAAAAGAUGAUAAAUGUAUACAUUUUUUUUAUGUUAAUUAAUUAUUAUUGUUGUUAUUCUUUUUCUAACCACUUUAAAUACUCAUGACACUUUCUUUUAUUGUGCUCAAAGAUUGCUAUUUGACUGAACAUUGGUUUUUUUUUAUGUACUUAGUAUUUUUCUGUACAUAAGAUAUGAUCUUAUUAUUAUUAUUAUUAUUAUUAUUUUUAAAAUUAAUAUUAUAAAUAUUAUUAUUGUUACUCUGUUAAUUGAAUGUUUUGCACAUCCUGCCAUAAAUCGUCUAUAUGUUCAAACAUGGAAUUUAAUUCUUUAUGCCGGUGCAUUAAAAAAAAUUCUUGUAAAUGAGCUGGAAUUACUGGUUUAUUCUGGCUUCUUAUUACGUCCAUAAAUCUCUUUACAUCAUUAUCAGUUCCUUCUGGACGAAACCGAGUAAACAUCUUUGACAAUUGAUAAUUUGAACAAGGUCCGAGGUACUGUUUGAAAUCAACACGGCCGGCUCUGAUCAAUGCAGAAUCUACUCU